AUGGAGGUACCGCCUGUUCGAAGCGAUGCAACGGCUGACCAUACAAAAUUUAGCGAAGCAAGCCAGCAAAGACCGUAUCUGGGACCACCCCGGCAGAGCUCGCGCAAUCCCAAAACAUGUGCACGCUGUAAUCAGAUUAUAAUGCGCGGGUCUCUUAAGGCACUAGGAAAAUACUAUCACGAAAACUGUUUUGUAUGCCACGAUUGUGGAAAAGUGUGCAAGCCAAAGUACUUCCCAUUUGAAGAUCCAAAAACGAAACAGCUGAUACCAUUGUGCCAGCAGGAUUAUUUUAAACGUAACAACCUGUUAUGCCAUGUAUGUGGCCAUGCACUAAGAGGAGUCUACUACAAUGCUUUCGGAAAAUUAUAUGACGAAGAGCAUUUUUGUUGCAAGAUCUGUAAGGAAAGAUGUGGAGUGAACACCUGCUUCAAUUACAAGGACGAUCUUUAUUGCAAAUUUCACUUCCUGAAGUACUUUUCAAAUCGAUGUAAGGGUUGUAACUAUCCUAUAUCGGACCAAUACAUCGAAUUUCCCCGGGGUGAAGAAGUACACCGUUGGCACCCGGAGUGCUAUGGCGUUCACAAAUACUGGCACGUCAACUUGCCUCCCGAAGCGGUCGGACUACAACAGAUUCAGGUCGCGGAUCCCGAGAACAUCUCCGAAUCUGAAAAGCACGGCAUAAGUCGUGCUGAUCUGGAAAGGUCUGUAAUUUCUUUCAGCAAGCUCGUAUCCAAGACGUGGUCUGUGCUCUAUCGAUUCGAAGAGGAAACAGCUGUGUGUGUAUCUGACAUGUUUCAGUAUUUGACAAGUUUCGAUCAGUUGAAGGGCCUUAAUUCUGCUGCUCUUUUUGUUCUCAAAAUUGAAUGUCAGUUCAAGGCGCUAGAUUCUUUAGAGUCUCUUUUCGCUCAUAGUACGUUUGAUGGCGUGCUACUCCACAAUGGUACAAAUAAUCAAGACCAGGACUUAAAUCCAGUGGACCUAGGCUCAGGAUCACUAAUAAAAUAUGCGAAACUACCCCGUAACCUAUCCACGAAAGUCAUGAUCUAUCUCCAACUCCUGCGAAAGCUGAGUUCCGCAUCAAAAGAAAGGGACGUGAGCGUAUCGUCCCUCAUGUCAGUGAUUACUGGUGUUGCUCAUUUUUUAAAGCUGCUGGUUCGAUAUGGGUUACAGAUCGCCCUCGAUAGAAACAAGUCAGCGCACUCGGCAAACGCCCUGAUAAAGUACCUGCGUGAGAUCGAAAAAAACGAAAUUAUUGAAGGCGAGCCCUUUAGAUUCAUUAAUGUCGGUAUCGAUGCUACUGAUUGCUGCCCGGUGUGUGGUAAGUACAUUCAAGAGGAGUGCAUACAGUUCAAAAACAUCAGAUGGCACAAAACCUGUUUUCAAUGUUCCGCAUGCGAGAAGGAUAUCGAUUCAUUUGGAGUUGCAGACGCAGCAUUUAACAGCAAGACCAAGUCUGUGUUGUGUGCACAGUGUGCCGUGGGCGAUCCGGAGUCUUCCACGGGCUUCUCCCCUGUAACAAAACUGUCACAGCUUAUUUUUCUUCUAAAGAUCGCUCUUGUUCGGUCUAAGGCUGUGAUGGAAAUACAACUGAAAAACAGAGAAACGCUCAAGCGCUCAAAUAGUGUUAAAGAAUCGAUUUCCAUGCAACAAACUUAUAUCAGAACACUAAAUGAUAUCAAAAGAUUGAAGUCUAGAAGACAGAGUGUUCCACUCACUACCACUAAUAAACAAGAAGCACGCCGGUCGCGCAUUCUUGAAACGUCUGAGAUGGACAUCAAAGAGAAUAUACCUGAAGAAAAGUCCCUUGUUAUUCAAACCGAUAAGAGCACAGGGCGCGAAACUGAAAACCAAAACAUGUUCAAUAGCACUAAGACCUUGACGCUGGAUGAUAUAUCCCGUAUUGUGGCAGCUGAGCAAGCGAGGGAACUAAGGCCUAAUGCAUUUACGCAUUUUAAAAAGCUGAAAGAUAAUGAUGAGGAUGAAAUUAAUCUCGUUAACAAUAAGAGUGGGGUAUACUAUUCUGAGCUAAAAUCUGAAGAUCAAUAUUUGAUAAAAUUGAUCUCCCUGUCUUUGAUAGAUUUACAUGCCGGAAGCGUCAUCGGCGACACAUCUGUCGUCAACAGGCUCGUUCCACAGCCGCCGCAAAGGAACCAAAAAAGUACGAACAAUUUUUGGUCAAAAAUGAGGACAAUAAUGAGUAAGGACGGCAAAAGACAUUUAGCGACUGGUGUCUUCGGUACGUCCCUGGAAUUACUGACCAUGCAAUGGGGUGCAGACUCUGAACUGGGCAUUGGCCCUGCAAAAAUCAAGAUACCUAUUAUUGUCGAUGAGCUGAUAUCUUCUUUGAGGCAACUCGAUAUGUCAGUAGAAGGUGUUUUCAGAAAAAAUGGUAAUAUCCGAAAACUGCGAGAAUUGUCCACUGCUAUUGACGAGAGCCCUUCGGAGGUUCCUGACAUCUCCAAAGAAAAUGCGGUUCAGCUUUCGGCGCUGCUGAAAAAGUUCUUGAGAGAGCUUCCAGACCCACUUCUAACGUCAAAAUUGUACGACUUAUGGAUUCAGGUCGCGAAGGUUGAGUCAGAUCUUGAAAGGCACAAGUAUUUUGGACUUUUGUAUGCAUUAUUGCCCACUUUCAAUCGAAACGUGGCAGAAGUGCUCUUUUCAUUUUUGCACUGGACGUCAUCGUUCUCUCACAUCGACUCUCAAAUGGGCUCCAAAAUGGAUAUUCACAACCUUUCCACGGUAAUGGCUCCAAAUAUUCUCUAUCAGCAAGGCACAACCAGUAACCAACCUACGGUGCACGGUGGUGCGAUUCAUAACACGUACAAUGAUGCCUUUGCUCAAAACGAGGGCGAAAACUACUUCCUCGCCAUCGAAGUCAUUGACUAUCUUAUUAAUCACAAUGAAGACUUAGCAGUUGUACCGAAGUACAUGGUCGCACUUCUUGAAGCUGUGAAGAAACAACAGUCGCCAGAUUUUGAAAUAGUUAAGAAAAUUGUGGCGAGUCAGAGCACAUCUAAUGGUUUGAACUUUGAAGACUAUGGCCUCGUUGAGCCCGUUAAAAUGAAGGAGUCAGCAUCCGUCGCGAAAGUUGAAUACAAAGCAAAUGAAGCGGCGUGA